AUGAAUCUGUCAGCUGUCUUGUGGAGCUUGUGGGCUUCUGGAGUCUUGUGGGCUCCAGCAAAGUUCAGCACUGGCCCUGAGCAUAGUGGGGUUACUCUUGCUGUGUCUUCCGAUAGUGGAACACAGGACACAGACUGUGUUAGCUAUGUAUUACCUGUUUUACUUACAUACCUGGUUAAUGUGAUCACUGGAAUUCUUGCUGGUUUUGGAGGCUGGAUGAGGGGAGGCUAUGGGAAAUGGUUUGUUGUAGCACUAGGACCAACUCUGAGAAUUGGGUCUUGGGUAACAGAGAGAAUGGAGAAUGUCAGAGAACCAACCUUCCUGGUCUUCUUUCAGGGGUGGCCUGUGAUUGAGCCGGGGGUGUUGGUGUCCACAUCUGUUGGGAACUGGGACACAGUGACAAGGAGGGGAGGAAGGGCCAGGGGUGGUUUGUGGGAUCCAGAGGUGGCAUGGACAGGGGGAGGUGCUUGUUUGAACUGCCAGUAAAAUAGCACGGGGGAUCACUGUGAAGAAUGCAAAGAAGGAUUUUAUCAUAGUCCUGAUGCUACUAAAGAAUGCCACCAGUGCCCUUGUUCAGAAGUGACUUCUACAGGCAAUUGCACCAUAGAAUCUGGUGAAGUGGAGCCUACAUGUGUCCAGUGUAAAGAUGGUUACACAGGACAGAACUGCAAUAAAUGUGAAAAUGGCUAUUACAAUUAUGACAGCAUCUGAUACCAGUGUCAUGGCCAUGUGGACCCAACUACAACUCCAAAGAUUUGCAAACCCAAGAGUGGUGAAUGCAUCAACUGCAUCCAUAACACCACUGGGUUCCUAUGUGAGGACUGCCAAGAAGGGUAUGUUCGAGACCUCCAGAACAACUGCAUCAAGCAAGAAGUUAUUGUUCCAACUCCUGAAGGUUCUACCAUUUUGGUUUUCAAUGCCUCUUUGACCACAUCAGUGCCCACCCCUGUUAUAAAUAGUACAUUUGCCCCCACAACCCUGCAGACUAUCUUUUCAGUAAGUUCUUCUGAAAACAGCACCCCAGCUCUCGCCGCCGAUGUAUCAUGGACCCAAUUUAACAUCAUCAUUUUGACAGUCAUCAUCAUUGUGGUAGUGCUGCUAAUGGGAUUCGUAGGAGCUGUGUAUAUGUACCGGGAGUACCAAAACCGGAAACUCAAUGCUCCCUUUUGGACCAUCGAGCUGAAAGAAGACAAUAUCAGUUUCAGCAGCUACCAUGACAGCAUUCCCAAUGCAGAUGUGUCAGGAUUGUUGGAGGACGAUGGCAGUGAAGUGGCUCCCAAUGGGCAGCUGACCCUGACGACACCCAUUCAUAACUACAAAGCUUGAGGAGCUGGGCUGUCCUCCUGGAGUGUCAGGACAUGAUACUCACUAAAACACAUCUGCCCUCCGGCUCCACAUAACCUGGGUAGAGUUUGCUG